CUGUACUCAACCUGCCCUGCUCCGUCUCCUCCUGAGAGGGUUUGCAACCGUGGCCGAUUCCUUCCCUGGCUGCUGCCUUGGGCUCCGCUCUCUCCCCUCCGCCGUCAGUCGCCCUGGCUCGGCCCGGAGCCCUUCGGAGACACUGAGGAUGAGCUUCCCCGUCCCCCAGCGCGUGUCCUCUUGCGACUGUCCCAGCCCAUUCAUCUAGCGACUGAUCUCCCUUGCAAUUAUGGAUAUCUGAAAGAACUAGCCAGUGUGGAGGGGGAAUCCCCCUCCUCACACCUUUAUUGCCUUUUGGAAACUUUUUCUUCCUCAACUAUAUGGUAUUUUGUAGAUAAAGAAAUGAACUCUUGAAUUUAUAUUGAUGAAAAUAUUUAUUUUUUUAAGUGCCAAGCCUUAACAGCACAAUAAUUCCCAUGGCAGCUUUCUGCAACUGAAUAAAGACUGUUCCUGAAAAUCAUGAUUUUCUUGUGAAGAAGGGGCACAAAGCAGAGUUCCCUUGUCUGUGUUUUACAGGGGUUUCUCUUGUACAGUAGAGUAGUGCAGUAAAGCGUAAGAUGACUUCUUUGAUGCCUGACUGUACUUUGAAGUGUCGAUCACUGCAGCAUGCUUUGGAUAUUGUUUCUGUCAUAACUCAAGGGAGUGAAGGCCAAAUCAAGGCCUUCCUCACUUCUCACUGCUACAAUGCCGCAACAAGCAAGGAUAUCUUUGGCAGGAACGCCCUUCAUCUUGCCUCUUCCUGUGGUAAGAAAGGGGUGCUAGACUGGCUGAUAGAAACAAAUGGAGUGGAUUUGUUGGCAAAAGACAAGGAGUCUGGAUGGACAGCUUUACACCGUGGCAUUUUCUAUGGUCAUAUAGACUGUGCGUGGUCGCUACUGAAGCAUGGUGUGAACUUGUAUAUGCAGGACAAAGAAGGCUUGUCUGCUUUGGAUCUUGUAAUGAAGGACAGACCAGCCCAUGUCAUUUUUAAGAAUACAGAUCCCACAGAUGUCUACACCUGGGGAAACAAUAUAAAUUUUACUUUGGGACAUGGUGGUCAACAGAGUAAAUAUCAUCCUGAGCUGGUGGAUCUCUUUCCUAGGAAUGGUGUUUAUGUUAAACAGGUGGUGCUCUGUAAAUUUCACUCCGUGUUUCUUUCCCAAAAAGGACAAGUAUACACAUGUGGACAUGGUCAAGGAGGACGCUUGGGUCAUGGUGAUGAACAGACUUGCUUGAUUCCCAGACUUGUGGAAAGCUUGAUGGGUCACCACUGUUCUCAGGUGGCAGCAGCUAAAGAUCAUACACUUGUUUUAACAGAAGAUGGAUGUGUGUAUACAUUUGGCCUGAAUACUUUUCAUCAGCUGGGUGUUCUUCCUCCUCCCUCUAACUGCAAUGUUCCCAGACAGGUUCAAGCAAAAAAUCUUAAAGGCAGAACAGUGAUUGGUGUGGCUGCAGGCAGGUUCCAUACUGUUCUAUGGACCAAAGAAGCCGUAUACACAAUAGGGCUGAAUGGCGGACAACUAGGAUACUUGCUAGAUCCUAACGGAGAGAAGUGUGUAACUUCACCUCGCCAAGUCUCUGCUCUGCAUCACAAAGACAUUACUAUCUCCUUUGUUGCUGCAAGUGAUGGUGCCACAGUUUGUGUUACUGAAAGAGGAGAUAUCUAUUUGCUCACCGACUACCAAUGCAAGAAGAUUGCUUCCAAGCAACUAAAUCUAAAGAAGGUUCUUGUUAGUGGAGGCUACCUGGACUACAGAGUGGCUCCUGAACACCUUAAGGAAAAUGGAGGCCAGAGGAUUUGUAUCCUUGCACUGGACCAAGCGGGAAGAGUGUUUUGCUGGAAAUCUGCCAACAAUCCUUUGAAGCAGUGCCGAUGGGUGUAUGGCCGCCAAGUCUACAUGUCUGAUAUUUCUUUAAAUAGGAAUGAAAUUAUGUUUGUUACGCAGGAUGGCGAAGCUUUCAAAGGAAAGUGGAUGGAGGGGAACAAAAAUUCGGAGAAGAAAGCAGAGAUUGUGACAAAUGUUCAGAAUUCCUCAACCGAGGUCUCAUCUUGCGAUACAAACAACAUAUAUGAACGAAUACGACUUGAGAAGCUUGCUUUUGUUCACAGAGCUGUUAAUGUGACUACUGAUCCUAACGGGUGCAACUUUGCUGUUUUACAGUCAGAUCCUAAAACAAGUUUGUAUGAAAUCCCAAGUGUCUCAACUUCUAGUUUUUCUGAGGAUUUUGGCAAAUUGUUGGGAGAAGCAGAAAUUACGGACAGCAUCCAUGAUGUGACUUUUCAAGUUGGCUCCAGGACUUUCCCUGUGCACAAGUACAUUUUGGCAACACGCUCUGACUUCUUCCGGAAGCUCUUUGAAUUGGGUCACAAUUGGAUAGAUUCUGCUGAUAUUUAUCGUAAAGAUGAAGAUGCUGUUGGCUGUGAUCUCUUUGUGAUAGAAAAACUUCACCCAGAUUUGUUUAUGUACAUUCUGCAGUACAUUUACACAGAUACAUGUGAUCUCCUCAUUCAUGGUCACAGGCUCAAAGCGGUGUACAAAGAAAAAAUGGAAGAGAAUGAAAACACCUUAAUUACAAACUUGAAUAAAAUAACUAUCAAUGGAGAUGUUAAUAAGAAGUCUGCGUUUGAGGUUUACAGAAGUAACCAAGUAUACAUGGGAAAUGAGAAACAGAAGAGCAAACCAAAAUCCGCUUCUAAGAAAUGUAAGAGUGUUGGGGAAGAAGUGAAUCUCAUAAAAAUGUUGCAAGUUGCUGCAAAGAAAUUUGGAAUUGGGAGCUUAAGUUCAAGGCUAGAUGGAGUCAGAAUAGAAAAUGGAAGAAUAAACAUUGCCAACAGAAAAACUGGCAACAAGCCAAAGCUAAACCAGAAAAAAUGCUCGUACCUCUGCGAUGUGACCAUGAAAUCUGUAGAUGGAAAAGAAUUCCCAUGUCACAAAUGUGUGCUUUGCGCAAGACUUGACUAUUUUCACAGCAUGCUGAGCAGCUCCUGGAUUGAGGCAUCAUGUUGUGCUGCUCUGGAAAUGCCAUUCCCCUCUGACAUCCUGCAGGUCAUCCUGGAUUAUAUUUACACUGAUGAAGCUGUUAUAGUAAAAGAAUCUCAAAAUGUGGAAUUCAUCUGCAAUAUUCUUGUGGUAGCAGAUCAGCUCCUUACGUUACGACUGAAAGAAAUCUGUGAAGUAGCCAUUACCGAAAAACUUACUUUGAAGAAUGCUGCUGAGCUUCUGGAGUUUGCAGCUAUGUACAACGCUGAGCAAUUGAAACAAUCUUGCUUGCAAUUCAUCGUUCUAAACAUGGCAGCUAUACUUGAAACAAGGGCUCUAGAUGUUUUAAGUGAUGACGUUUUGAAGGACCUUUCCGUUUCCUACAGAAAAAUGAUUCCUGCUAUGGUCAGAAGGGUAAUUACUCCAUACCAAGAUGGCCCUGAUAUUAGUUCCUUGGAGCCUGAGGAAGGAGAAACCUUUGUCUUCCUGAAAGAAGAGUUGAGUGCAGAGCAAACUACUCAGGAAGCUCUUUUCAAAAAAGCAAAAGCAAAGGCAAAGAAGAAGCCACGAAAACGGUCAGACAGCUCAGGAGGGUAUAAUCUUUCUGAUAUUAUUCAGAGCCCACCCUCUACAGGGAUACUGAAACUAGAUAAAACCAACUCUAUUGAAUCCCUUCCUGAAAUGCUGACCUCGGAUUCUGAAGGUAGCUAUGUAGGAGUGAAUAGCCCCAGAGAGUUGCAGUCCCCUGACUUCACAGCAGGAUUCAAUGCAGAUAAAGUUGAGGUAAAAGAGAAAAUGUGUGUUUCCAGUGCACACGUUCCAAAUGCUAAAAAAGAGGUGAAAAUACCCGAGAGAACAUCGUUGCAAAAAAUAUCUCUUCCACAGUGCAUUCCUAACAACAAAAACACCUCCGCAAGCUCUUCCAACUGGGUUAUCAGCUCUUUUAGUCCUGCCAGCCCCCCUGCUAUGGAUUUAAGAACUAUUAUGGAAAUUGAAGAAAACAUGCAAAAAUGUGGAAGCAUGCCAAAGAUAAAUUCAGGUAGACCCACUUCUCAUGGAAGUAAGCUUUCUCAGAAGCAAAGGAAACUGAUUGCUAUGGCUGCUAAGGAUAACAGCCCAGAGGCAGCCAUGCCACCAACACCCCAAAAUGCUGCAAAACCAGGGAAUGUGUGGGCUUCUUCAUUGCAAUCUGCUUCGCCAAAGUCAUUCCGUAAUCUCUUGGAGGAUGGGAAAAGAACAGUUGGUGCCAGUUCUGGAAAACAUUGUGCUAAAGUGAUGGAAGAUGCACAAGAUCAAAAAUCUCUGAGAUGCUCAUCUGGGGCUGAAUAUCAACAUUUUAAUGAACGAACACUGUCAGAAAAUCAGAACCCUUGGUUAGCAGCAUCCUUUAUGCGUCCAGUUGUAGCAACAACUAUCACAUUUGCAGAAAUUGUAGAGGAAGAACUCCAGCAAGAAGCUGCUCUCAUCCGGAGUAGAGAGAAACCUUUAGCUUUGAUCCAGAUAGAGGAACGUGCUAUCCAGGACCUGUUAAUCCACUAUCAAGCAGUUGGCAACCCUGAUGAGUUUGUUGUGGUCGAAAGGUCUCCACAAGGGCCAAUAGCAGCUCCAAUGUGGAACAAGCAUUGAUCUGGACUAAUCUUGGAUUUUAUGAAGAUGUAUGCCCUAAGAUUAAGGAUAGUAACGUGUGUCCAUCUCUUUUCAACAUAGUAUCUGCUUUGAAAAUGUAUCUUCCUUGUCCGACUGCAUUACUAAUUGUUCAUAUUAUGAAGAUGGAGAAUGAAGUCUGCAUAUACUUGAAACCAAGUAUAUCUAGUUUAAGUAUGAGCUUACCCUUUUAGUAAUUAGCAAAAGGUGCAAAGCCAAGUGUUUUUUCUCCAGUUAACAACAGCUGAACUGUCAUUAUCAUGCAUACAUGUUGAAUUAAUGCAACUGAAUGAUCAGCCAUAAUACCACAAAUUUUGAUUUCCUAAAUUUUGUUGCUGUUUGUGUAAUAAGAGAAAAAGAAAGAAAAUGCUGUCUGUUGAAGCAAUGGUAUCCAGUGUCUGAUAUGUUUCGGUGCCUCAUUCUUGCUCUUCUGGACAAUGCUCCUUGCCAUCUUGCCUUAUACAAAUAAGUCUUUACUUGAUAGGUAUUUUGUGCUGGUUUAAGUAGGUAUUCAAAUUCUUCUGAGACUGCCCUUAUAAUAAUGCAGACUUUACUGUUCUGGGAGUCCAGAUCAAAUAGAAAAAAGGCACAUUUUGGCUUGUAUGGCAAAAAGUGGGAUGGGGUAGGUAGCAGCAUGCUAAACUGCAAAAUGUUUCCAGAAAAGCACAUGCUAUUAAUUAGGCAUUAAAACUAUUCAUACAAAUGAGCAUUGCAUUUUGACCAUUUUCACUUGUAACAGAUGCAUUGGUACUCUGUGUUCAAAACCCUAUGCCUGAUUGUGGAUGAUUUUUCCUGUCAUUGGAAAGUCUUAUAAAAGAUUGUUUGUUAACUCUAAUAAAAGUGCUGUUGGUCCAAUCA